ACAUGAUCACAUUAGCAGAUGAUAACCUUGAUGUUCUCAAAGUGAUCUUCAUUUUAAGUGCCAGAUAAUUUCUUAUAUACUGCGACAACUGUUUUCUAGAGCCACCAAAAAUAAUGGCUGGCAUUGAGAGUUUCGGUAAUGUUAUUUCAAAUAUAGAAGAUCUGGAGAAAGGAGCAGGAAAAGGCUUUGGUGCACAAGUAGCCACCAGUCUUCUACAAGAAAGAGCCAACGAUGUCCGAGCCAACAGAGUCAACUGGCAGUCGUACCUACAAGGCCAGAUGAUCUCCCCGGAGGUGUAUAACUUCAUCUCUAAGUUUGACAUGGCGAAAUUGGAGGUCCGGACGGCCAUGCUGCAGGAAAACCCACAACAGUUUGCGGCGACAUUCUACAGCCUGAUCAACCAGAUUGCCAAGGACCAAACACUGGAGUACAUUCUCACCAUGCUGGACGAUGCCCUGCAGGAGGAUAAGGCUCGUGUCGACUUUUUCAAGGAGUACGCCAAGAAGAAGAAGGAGUCUGUAUGGAACCCCUUCUUCCACCUCCUGGACAGAGAGGACAAGUUCAUCGUCUACCAGUCCAGUCGAAUUAUUGGUAAGAUUGCCUGCUGGAGCAAGGAGCCCAUGGACAAGAGGAAUCUGCAGUUCUACCUCAACUGGAUCAAGGAUCAACUCAAGUCACCUAGCAACGAGUACCUCCAGACAGCUGCCCGAUGUCUGCAGAUGAUGCUGAGGAUUGACAUGUACCGUUGGGCCUUCGUGGACGUUGAGGGGAUCUCCGCGAUCGUGUCUGUUUUGGCCGGCAGCAAAGUCGGCUUCCAGAUUCAGUACCAGCUGACCUUCUGCCUGUGGUGUCUGACCUUCAACAGCAUGCUGGCAGAACGCAUGACGAGAUACAACAUCAUCCCCAUCCUGUCUGACAUCCUCAGUGAGUCGGUCAAGGAGAAGGUCACCAGGAUCAUCCUAGCCACAUUCAGGAAUCUGUUAGAGAAGCCAGAGGACCGUGAGAUUGUGCAGGACCACGCCCUGUCCAUGGUGCAGUGUAAGGUGCUCAAGCAGCUGGAGCUGCUGGACGGACGCAAGUUUGACGACCAGGACAUCGUCGACGACCUCGCCUACCUCAAUGAGAAGCUGCAGCGCUCUAUUGCCGACCUCAGCUCAUUUGAUGAGUAUUCUACUGAAGUGAAAUCCGGACGACUGGAGUGGAGCCCAGUCCACAAAUCUGACAGGUUCUGGCGGGAGAAUGCCAUCAGACUCAAUGAGAAGAGUUACGAACUGCUCAAGAUACUUGUUCGUCUGCUGGAGACCAGUAAAGACCCUCUCAUCCUGUCUGUAGCGGCACAUGACAUCGGGGAGUACGUCCGGUACUACCCUAGAGGCAAGAAUGUGAUCGAGCAGCUGGGGGCCAAGCAUAUCGUCAUGCAGUAUCUCAGCCACGAGGACCCCAAUGUCCGAUAUGAAGCGCUCAUUGCUGUACAGAAGCUUAUGGUCCACAACUGGGAAUACUUGGGCAAGCAGUUGGAGGCUCCAAAGACGGACACACCAGUAUUGUCAGCAGCUAAAGCAUAGAUGAUAACAUCGACAACAUCAUCACAACAUCGCCUGUAGAUCAGUCUCGGUAUUCACCUGGUGCAGUAGAAGAUGAAAACUAAAUAUUUAAUCUAUGAAGCAAUGAACCUGAUAUUAUGCACAGCUGCUGUAGAUGGUGGCACAUGCUGGUCUAUAGUCGGGGUCUGUGUACAGCUACAGUAGCAUUUGACUAGACAUGGCACUCAGAUGGCAGGAACUCAUUUUGUUCUUUGGACUAUCAGUACAAGAAUUUAUCAACGAUUCCAAACAAUGCCUCAGGCAGGCUAUUUGGGAAAAAAACCGUAACUUUAUUCAGAACUAGGAUUUUCUUAAAGUCCAUAUUUUCUUGAAUUCAGGGGUGUCUUUAUAUUUCAUUCUAAGCAGAAAAUGUAAAACUAACCAUUAUAGCUUCUUCUUGUUAUUGGUCUUUUAGUUUGCAAGUCACCUCUGUAGAUCCAUAACUUCAGUUAAAAAAAUAAUAACAUGACUGUAUUCUAACUUAGGGAUAUUUGCAGACAUUUGCUUCAGACUUUGCUCCAAAUAUCGGUCUCUGUAGCCUUGAUAAAUCCCUGCAGUGGCUAUGUCGUUAUUUACUUGUAACUAGUGGUUUUGAAGACACUGAAAACCCAGUUGUACAAUGCAUCAGAGUGUCUUUGUGGGAAAGUUAGGACUGUGUACAAAUGGUAUGUUAGUGUCAAGAGAUUGAAUCAAAUGCUUUGUCUUAGUGCUAUAUCAGUCAUAAGUUGACAGUUUCGAGUACAUGUAUAUGUAGACAUAAUACGCAAUAUUGGGGUUGUACAGCAAUGUGUCAUGGGGAUAUAUCUAUCAUGAUAACCUGGAACUAUUAGUCAUGCUCUGGUUGCCACGGUGCCUGGUAGACAUGGUGGAAGUAUGUAGACACUGAGCCCUAGACAGCUGGGUCCUGGACUUCCAGGGAUAUAAGUAGACAAAUAGUAGUACAUGUACAUGAUCAGGUCACUUCGACUGCAAAAUGUUUACUUUUUCUUUUUAUUAACAUUUUGUUUCUUUGAUGAUAAGUUUUCCUAUUGCUUAUCUAGUUAGUUACUGUAUCUAUUCUUUCUGGUGUAUGUCUUGGAAAUCUUUUUAAUGAUUUGGGUUAGGUUAUUUGAAAGGAUUUUAUAAAACUAUAUACAUUUUUCAAGGUAUGUUUUACUAAUUACUGCUAUUCAGAUAUGCUGUGUAGAGGGUACUGAACAUUGCCUACGUCCACCAACUCGUGUACUGCCAUGUCCCCCUGUACACAGGGUAGAUGUACUUGUAGAUAUACCUGUAACAAGGUAGUGGUGUCGUAUGUUUUGUUGAGACUGGGGACUUGUUUGACAUGAAUUCCUUGACAUGUACAUUCCACACAAUGUCAUGUUUUGGCUGUGAACUAUGUUGGUAUAUGUGUGUAUAUAUCGGAUCUGAUUGUCUAGUCAACUCUUCCGGCACUCUGUACGUGUGCAUAUGUAUGUAGGGCCUUGUAUUUUUUAACAGUUGCUUUAAUUUUGGAAUUUCAACUUCCAGAUUAGUACAGCUACUAAUGAAUGAAAAACAAACUCUUGGGUCAAGCCAUCACGGAAGUAUAAAUAUGAAAUGAUACUGAAAGUUUCACCUCAUUAUCAAAAGAAUUGAAUCAAGAAAGGCAAUUAUUAUUUUCUAUUUUCAGUUGUUUUUUUGUCGGUGAGUCAGUCUCUUAAACCAACUAAAAAAAUAAAAGGCCUGGAUGUAACUCUCCUGCCACAAAGCUGGUACCGCCCCUGUUGAGGAAGUACCUAAUCUUGUUUGUCACGUGAUGAAGCAUGCACACAUAAACAGGCAAGGUCAUUAAAAUCAGAUCUUUUACUCCAAUACAAUACCUCUCUACAUAAACAAAUUUCUGGUGUCCCCUGCCGUGAAAAUUGCAAGAAUAUUGCUAAAAGCGGCGUAAAACCAAAAUCACUCACUCACUCUACAUGAACAUCUGAGGACACCUUCAUAGGUUACAUCAGGUUAAAUUUCUAGUCAGUCAAUCGGUGAUGAUGCUUCUAAAUUGUAAAGAAAUUAACACGAAUCAUUUUAGAAAACUGACAUCAGAUUCGCUGAAGAACCUGUACAACCUUCACUAAGAUUGGGUGCUCAAAUUUUGCACAGGGUUCACCCGGCCUGACCUUCUAUGAAGGUGACCUUGGAUCAGAUCAUGACAUGGAGAGGUAACAUCUGGCAGUAAAAGAUCUUCUUUGACAUAGCUUGCAUUAAUGUCAUUCUCAUUUUUAUAUGUUGAUUGAGUUUUGUCUGUUCUAUAUCAUAGCAAACACUUGUUCACCUUGACAUUGUGUUGUGGGACUGUUCCCUCACGCUCAAACAUAUCAGUGUAUCAUCCAAGUAGCCAUCUGGCAGAUUUAUGUAGCAACCAUGAACAAAAUAUCGGCCACUUUGUUUUGUCGGAUCCAUGUGGAGUUGAUACUUGUAAUUACUGUCUUUCUCUGUUAUAUUAUCAUCAAAUGAUCAAGCAAAUAAAUAAUGAUUUUUACUUAUUA